AAAAAUGUCAGGAAAAGACCAUGAUUAUCGUAUAUUUGUUGGAGGUUUAGCUUGGGAUGUUACAGACCGUCAACUCGAAGGAGCUUUUGGCCGUUACGGCAAAAUUAUCGAUUGUCAGUUAAUGGAUUUGAGGUGCUUUAGAUGGAAUUGUAUGAGGAAGGAUUUUUGUUCAUUGGAAUGUGAAGUUGCUGGACAUAAAUACUUGAUUCCUUCAGCAGCUUGAUUUUGAGGUUUCACUUGCUAGACUAUCCGAAAAUGCUUAGAUCAGCUGCAUGUUAACAACGUGAAGCACUAUUGGUUUCUAUUGCAGCAGUGAUUUGCUCAGAAAUGCGUCUCUAUGUUGAGUGCUGCUGAUUCACAAUUCUGCUCUGGUUCAGCCAUUAGCUAAUUGUAUGGUGUAGUAAUUUCAAGGGACAUUUGUGUUUUGGACUUCAUGGAAAAUGAUUGGAAUAUGUGGAGACUGAGUGCGCAUCAUAGGUGGUCUGUUUGGUGGAAGCACCAUUAAUUUUAAGACUUUUUCCUCAAUUAAUGUUAAACAUAUAGGCAUAGCAUUCAAGUGGCAGUAACUAUCCUCUAAAUAUGUUUAAUUUCGUGACACAUGUCAAAUGGGGGCAUAGAGGAGGUAAGUUAGCUCUUGAUGUAAGGUGCUUAAAUUAUAAGAGGCAAGUUAGCUCUUGACACGUAUCAGUUGCAAGCAACGGUGGCAUUCCUGCUAAUAAGAGGUUAAACUAAGAGAUGAAUUUUGAAUAUGCAAUUUAGCUCAGAGUCUAGUUCCCAUAUUUCUUCAAGUUAAAUUGGUUGACAGUUUCUGUGAACGGGGCAUGUUGUUCUUGAAAGCUAGCAGGACCAGUCUGAUCGAAGGUUAAUGACAUUCUCUUACUAGAAUUUCUAUGUCAAUUGUUAUGAUGAGCGCCCACCAGAUAUAUAAGCCCCCAAGUGCCUUUGCAUGGUAGCAGCACUUUCUUUUUUAGUCAAUCUUCCAACUACGGUUUGCUACGUUGUUUCUAAUUCGUGAUCUGUGAGGUGUAUUUGUAACAGUAAGACGUUCUUUUGAAUGGUCAGUGGCAUACAUGAGAUAAUAGCUUGGGUACUGGAAUUCAUGAGAGAAACACAACAACCUUCUUGUGUUUCCUGUAAAAUUACUGGAAUGUUAAACUUCUACUUUCCCAUUUAUAACUACGACAGUCGACGGAUCUGUAUUAGACGACAUCCAGCGGUACCUGUUCUUUGCUCUACAGAAGUUUCAGGGAAAGAGGUGAGAGCUAUGUGGUACUUAGCUGAUCUCCUGCCUUCACGCGAGCCACUUUCAAGAUUGAACUUGAUUCUCUAUCCAUUUGAAGACCUUUCGAAGCUGGUGUACACAGAAUCUUGAUGCACUUCUGUUUCAUUCCCUCUUGAUUGCUCAUUCUGUUUCACUUGGUGGUUUGCCACUGUCAGGAUUGAAUGUGAUUCUUGAUUUCUUGACCUUCUUGAAGCCCUUUAGAAGCUGUUGCGUGCAGUAUCUGGAUUCACUUCUGUUUCAUUCUCCAUGUAGCUAGCUCUUUCUGUUUUAUUUGGUUGUUGAAUGAUCGGUUUGCUCUUGUGAGAUGUUCUUCUCUUGAGCAACUGCAUUGUCUUCCAUAUCGUGGACCACCAGAUGACGCCUCUGAAGACUCAGGAGUUGCGUUGCUCAGCCAAGUUAGCAGCUUCAGAGUGUUAAGUUUCAUGGAUUAUUGCUAUAGAUUAGUUUAUUAAGAUUUUGCCCUGUUCCCCCUGAAAUGCAUUUCAAAGGCUCAAAGUGGGAUUAGUUCUUUUGAGUUAGCUUUAUCUGCUUUGAUGCCUUGCUAGCAGAUGGCGUAAGUGGGAAGGUAAAAAGUUUCUAGUAGGGUUCUCCUAAUCAGGAUUAAUUGAGGCUUGUGCUGGAAAGGAUAGCUGAAUGAAGAUCAGUAUUUUGAACAGUUACUGAACAAAAAAACAAAUGAUGUUCAUGAGAAGUUUUCCCAAGGAAACUUUUGCAAUAUGCUUUGUCAGGAUGGUCAACUCUUUGAGUGGUUAUGCUGGAUAGGGAUACAGGGCGUCCUCGUGGAUUUGGGUUUUUAACAUUUGCAGACCGUCGCUCCAUGGAAGAUGCAAUCAGAGAAAUGCAUGGCAGGGAGAUUGGUGAUAAGGUGAUCUCUGUGAACAAGGCCCAACCAAAGAUGAGUGGUGAGGAUUCUGACCAUGGCUAUGGCGGUGGCUACGGAGGCGGUGGCAGGGGUAGCUACAGAGACAGUGACAGGGGUAGCUAUGGUGGUGGUGACAGGGGUAGUUAUGGUGGUGGUGACAGGGGUAGGUACGGUGGUGGUGGUGGUGGCCGUGGUAGCUACGGUGGUGGUGAUAGGUCAGCAGGGCAAGACAAUUGCUUCAAGUGUGGCCGCCCAGGCCAUUGGGCUAGAGACUGUCAACAAGAAGGUGGUGGCCGUGGUUCACGUGCAUUAUCCCCCCCUCCUCGAUCAAGGUUUGGUGGAGGUAGUGCACGUGAGGAUCGUUAUGGCAGUGACCGUCGGUAUACAGAUGAUCAAUACGACAGAGGCCAUUAUGUUGAUAAGGAGCGCUAUGAUAGCAAAGAUGAUAGAUAUGGAAGCCGUGAUCGAUUUGCCAAUGACAGGCACCCUGCUGGUGGUGAUCGUUUCGCGGACAACAAGUAUGGGGUUUCUGACCGAUAUGCUCAGAACGGUUCAGGCAAAGAGAGGGGUUUCGACAGGGAUGUAGGUCCACGAUAUGGUGACAGAUACUCCAGUGGAGGACCAGCACGCUACGAGGGGAAAAGCAUCAGAGACAGAGCAGGACCAUAUGAUCAACCUCGUAGGGGAGGAGGACGUCCACCCGCCGCUGCCUUUGACCGUUAUUGAAGUGCUAAAUCGUUGAUGUAUUAGACUAUCCAUGCAUGAAUUUUAGCUGUCCUUUUAAGUAUCUUGCACCUUUGGUUAAGUUAUCUCUUGAGAUGUAAAAAUGUUGAAAGUUGUAUCAACUUUGGUAGGGGAAAACUAUAUCUUCGUUUUAUAUUAUAUUGCUAGAAAAAACCUUCUGCA